AUGAUGAUGGUAUGGUCUCUUCUCUCCGAGCUCCUCGAUCGAGGAUCAAUUGCGCUCCCAAAACUUCCGAGCUCGUUAUCCUCGCCAACGCCUCCGACGUAUCUCACUUUGGCUAUUUCCAGCGAGCGUCAAGGAGUUUGUCGUCUCUGUCGAUUGCACCGUCGCCAGCCUAAACCCUCCUUCCCCGCGCCAAUCCGUUCAGCACGAAGAAAUGGCCUUUGUGCGGUGGGAUUCAUGGACGAUCAUUACCCUGUUCGAAGUGCCUUUUCUCUUCUCAAUGAGGUCCUAGAUGAGUACCAGAAGAUGAAUGAUCUUCUUAAUACUCUUCUCAACACUAGAAGAGAAUUCAGUGAAGGAUUAUAG